CUAAACACCAUGUUGGCAGAUUUGGUGGAGGAACUGAAGAAGACAGGACUCCAGGCUGCUCCAGCUGAUCACUGCUAUGCUGGACCCGAAGAUGUGUCCUGUGAUUUCUGCACCGGGAGAAAACUGAAAGCUGUCAAGUCCUGUCUGCAGUGUCUGGUCUCUUACUGUGAGCAGCACCUCCAGCCUCACUAUGAAUCUCCAGCCUUUGCAUAACACAAGCUGGUCGACACCUCCAAGAAACUUUGGGAGAACAUCUGUACCCGUCACAAUGAGGUCAUGAAGAUUUUCUGCCGCACUGAUCAACAGUGUAUCUGCUAUCUCUGCUCUGUGGAUGAACAUAAAGGCCACGACACAAUCUCUGCUGCAGCGGAAAUGACUGAGAAGCAGAAGGAGCUUGGGGUGACUCGGCAAAAGGUUCAGCUGAGAAUCCAGCAGAGAGAGAAAGAUGUGUUGGUGCUUCAGCAGGAGGUUGAGACUAUCAAUAGCUCUGCUGAUAAAGCUGUGAGGGACAGUCAGAAAAUCUUCACUGCUGUGAAGCAGCAGAUCAGAUCUCGUCAGAAAACCGAAGUCAGUCAGGCCAAAAAGCUUCAGGAGAAGCUGCAGCAGCAGAUCGCUGAGCUGAGGAGGAAAGACGCUGAGCUGGAGCUACUCUCACACACAGAGGACCACACCCAGUUUCUGCACAAUUACACCUUGCUGUCACGUGUCAGUGAAGCCGCAGACUCCCCCAGAAUCAAUAUUUGUUCCCCGAGAUACACUGAGGAUGCGACAGUGGCUGUGUCAGAGGCCAGAGAUAAACUACAGGACAUUCUUAGUGAGAAGUGGGCCAAGAUCCCACUGACAGUGACUGAAGCAGACGUUUCUCCGCCAUCAGCUGAGCCCAAGACCAGAGUGGAAUUCCUCAAGUAUUCAUGUCAAAUCCAGCUGGAUCCACACACUGCACAUGACUGUAUAUUCCUUGAGCUGGAAAGAAAGGCAACAUUUGCGCUGUUUGAAUAUGUGGAUUCUGCACACCCAGACAGAUUCACUACCUGGUCUCAGGUUUUGUGUAGAGAAAGUCUGACUGGACGUUGUUACUGGGAGGUGAAGUGGGAGGUACCUGAAGUUUUCGUAGCAGUCGCAUACAAGAAUAUUAGCAGAGAAGGAAGAGAGAGUGCAUUUGGAUACAAUGACAAGUCUUGGGUAUUACAAUGUUUAUGUGAUGGUUAUGAAUUCAGACAUAACAACAUCAGAACUUCCAUCUCAGCUCCUCACUCCUCCAGAGUAGGAGUGUACCUGGAUCACGGGGCAGGUACUCUGUCCUUCUACAGCGUCUCUGAAACCAUGACUCUCCUCCACAGUGUCCAGACCACAAUCACUCAGCCAGUCUAUCAGGGACUUUGUGUUUUUAAUUCAUUCAGUGAUCGAUCUGCUGCUUGA